AUGCCGGAGUUUUUACCUCAACUAUCAAAGGACGAGAUUGAAGAGGUCACAGAGGUGUUCGACCUUUUCGAUUUCUGGGAUGGUCGUGAUGGCGCCGUCGACGCUGCCAAGACCGGCGACAUGUUGUACUGUCUGGGCCUCAACCCUACCAUGACCACCAUCAUGAAGAACGGAGGUGUGGAGAAGUUUGGAGAGAAGAACUACAAACUGGAGGAGUUCCUGCCCAUCUAUCAGACCGUCAUGCAGAUCAAGGACACAGGCACCUACGCCGACUUCAUGGAGGCUUUCAAGACAUUCGACAGAGAGGGUCAGGGCUUCAUCUCAUCUGCUGAGUUGAGGCACGUUCUGACAUCUCUGGGAGACCGACUGACCGACACCCAGAUGGACGACAUCAUAAAGUGCACCGACUUGAGAGAAGAUCUGGAGGGCAACGUCAAGUACGAGGACUUCAUCUCCAAGGUCAUGGCCGGACCCUACCCAGACAAAUAA